CGAGCCUCACCAUCCGGGCACACGUAAGAUAGAUAGUGUUGCGAGUUCUUGAUGUCUGAUGAGGACCGACGCUAGUCGUCGAACGCGCUUUCCUCGCGCGCUCUCGCUCUCACCGCGCGCUUCACCGACGCGUCACAAUCUGCAAACGCGGCUGCCUCAAUCAUGCUCUCGCCUACCGUGACGUUUGCACACCUGCACGCACUUCACUCGAAAGACUCUUCACCCUUGAGCUUGCUGCACGUCUAUUUUAGCAUCAGUGUGCGACAGCUUCUUGAUUCUCGAAGCCACUACUUAAGCUGUCCAGCAGUCUCACAAACCUCACUUGCAAGAUGUCUCCUCGGGUAACAGUGCAACUCGUCCCAGGAUGCUCUGAUGGCGACCCAUUACACGUCCCUCCACCAGGUAUACACACCCAGGUAGACCCGCCUACUCUAUACCUAGAGAAGAUCGGCCAGGCGUGGAUAGAGCAUCGAGGCGAGGCCCGACCGGGAGUCACUUACAUACUCGAAGCUUUGCCAGCAGGCUAUACUAUGUGGGAGCGUCCGAGACCAUCAAACGCAAAGCAUGUCGAUAAAUAUCUAUAUGGUCAUCCCAGAAAGAAGGCUUUCGACUCACCCAACCGCUACUUCCCUCACUUCGAGCAUCUAAUGAGCAACAAUGGCAACAGCAUAGGUUGUCCAUGUACUCUCUGCAGUGGAAGUGCAGGCGUUCUUCCGAAAACCUCAGCCAACAGCUCUCAAGUGAGAAGUUCAAGCGCGGCGUCUUCGCGAAAGUCAAACUCCUCUGCGUCCGUGCACAGCCGGCCUUCUAGUUCUCAUAGCGCCAAACAGCUGCCGGUCGCAUCACUGCCUAGUCUGUCAUUACAACACAAGGGCCGGCCCAAGAAGAUCACUCCAGGUCUAGACACGACCAAUGUCGAUAGCGAAGGUACACCGGAUGUGUACAGGAACCUGAUCGACAAGCUUCGUCGACACCGCGACGUAGACGAGCCCAUCGCUGAGCCCCUCAGUCCAGACUGGCGAGCGGAACAAGAACAACUUCCAAAGUUUCUCGAAGAUGUCAAGGCACAAGACCAGUGGGUUCCCCGAACUGGAGACAUUGUCCUGUAUAUACGCAACAUGCCUGAUACCGUUGAAUUGGUUCGAGACAACACCACUGGCGAGCUUCAGAUGUACGAUGAGCGGCGCAAGCUGCAUCUCGGUACUCCGCAAUGGGCGGCAGGCCUGGUUACUGAGCCGGCUACUGGUACCACGGUCGUUGAGCUCGUAGCCUCUACUCAGGAGCGCAAUGUUUCUAGCAUAGGUGUACGCGUCGAACCGAUCCCAAACCCAAACGAGUCGGACAAGUCGCUCUCUAAGAGACACAAGUACGUCUUGUUGCGACAGACAAGCCCGUUUAUCAUGUGGAGAGACCUCUUACGCCGCAUCCCCCAAGAGGAAUGGCACCACACUGUCAAGAACGCCCUCGCUCUGAUGUCAACGCUCUCGCUCAUGGGCAAGUAUCGAUUCCGAGGAUCCUGGCCCAACGCGAGCAUAUAUUGCCAUGGUAUCUACGUUGGUGCUGAGAUGCUCGCAGUCGGUGACACAGUGUGUCUCCUUCCUAAUAAGCAGUUUGGCCAGUCUGGCUGUACGGAUGUCAUGAGCAUCAAAUCGAUUCGAUUGAAGUGGACCAAUCUGGACAAGGCCUCCGACAAUGACUACGACGAGGGACGACCUUACAACUCCGAGAUAUGGAUCUAUGGCUCAGCUUAUACUAGCGAUGGUUCACGGUCGAACAAGCUGUGGGUUACCGAGCAAAACGUUGAGGCCCCGCGAGUUGCAAACGACUACGCAGACUGGUACCCAUUGCAUCCUGCCGAUAAAGAACUGGCAAUACCUUACUCACGCGUCCUCGGUCGUCUCCAUGAGCGCGAUGCCAUGGCCUACUUCCUUAAGUCCGAUGAUGACAACCCUCCAGGACUCGAUGUCGGCCGACAAGCUGUGGUGGAGGCGCGCGCCUUUGCACGAAAGCACGAUAACCGAAUCGCUCAAGGAUCCGAUGCUACAUGGUACUGGGGAGACGAUCGUGCUGACGCCUUGAACCUGCGCACCAUCAACGGCCUUGAUGUGUCCAGAUACGACCUCGACCGAGGUGUGAAAGACCUUCGUCGCAAGUAUCGGCAACUAGAUUGUGUAGCCAGUGGCGACGCGAAGCCUACGGGCCAAGAUAUACUUGGUAGCAAUGGACUCCUCAGUUUCAUGGCACCGACUUUGCCACUCCACACGAGCGGCGCGAAGGCACCAAGCGAUAAUGGAAGCUCAUCUAUCGCAAGUGCCAGCCAAGCCUUCCGGAAGCGCACUCAUAUCGUUGAUCUGGAUGAGGAGGACGAUAUUGAGGAGGAUGACAUGGACGAAGAGAUCAGAGCGCACACCAAGGUCGUGGCGGAAGACCGCCAAUCUCCAAAGAAAAAAAAGGCGAAGGUAAUGGUCGUAAUCGACUGAGAUCCGCAAGCGCAUAUCAAUCCCGCCGGUCAUAGUACAGCGGUAGGGCUCAUGUAGAAUCGAUGAGUGGCUGGCUUAUGCACGAGAAGAGACAUGAUGUAUGAGCACUAUGGCGAUGAACGAGAUGACAGUCGGGACAAUUUCCAAGAUGGCUUUGUACGGGAGGUUCGCUGUUGAUACUUGAUACCCAUUUCCUGCGAUAUCACCGAAACACUGUAUGUUUCUUUACUGUACUAGAUCUGCACGACAUUAGGGCAAAUGCCAACACUGGCCUAUUAGCGGCCACAAUACCAACA